AUGCAGAAAUAUAUUUUAUUUCAAAAUAUUUCAAAUAAUAUUUAUAACUUUGAAAGUUAUGGAAAUGCAAUUACAAGUAUUACAUUCAUUGCAAGUUCAAUAACAUUUUUUUUUUUUAUGCUAUCAAUUGCAUUUGUUAAUAUAUUCCCAUAUGAUCAGGAUGAUAAUUAUGUUGAUAUUAAUAUAAACGUAAAAGAUGAGAAAAAGGCUAUGACAUAUUUAUAUAUACAAAAAGUUACUUUUCCGUCUUCUAAUUCAGAAAUAGACAAAAGUGAUAGUGACAUCAGUGAUGAUUCUUCUGAUUUUGGAAAUGAAAAAAUUAAUGAAGUAACAGAAAAUAAAGAAAAAGAUAUAAAGGAUAAGGAAGUAGAGGAAAUAAAUAAAAACGAAAAGGAAGAACAAGAAAAAGCAAAGGAAAAGGAAGAUGAACAGAUGGAAGAAAAAGAACUGAAAAAGAAGAAUACAAAAGAUAAGGAGGAUAAAAUAAGUAAGAAAAAAGAUGAAGAAGAAGAUAAAAAAGAAGGUGAAAAAGAAGAUGAAAAAGAAGAUGAAGAUGAAGAAAAACAAAAUAAAAUCAAAAGAAUUGUAAUUCAAUAG